AUGAAUUAAUAACUAGUAGUGAUUAGGCAAUAGGAAAUUGAUCAAUUUGGACGGGCUUUAGUAAGUAUUACAUCAAUUUCAUUAGCAAUAAGUAGAAUCAAUGUUAUAAGAUGCUUCAAUCCCCUUAAUUCAAAAAAGUUUAAGUAAUAAUAAAUUGCUUCAUGAUGAUUAAGAAUUUGCUGCUUUUAAAUUGUAAGUCCUUGAGAGAAACUCUAGUAAAGCAUUCUGA